UUAUAAACUCGCGUAAUAUAACUACCGUGUUAAAUGUAAUUCCAUCAAUAAUGAGACUGUAUCAUAGCAAUAACAUAUAUAUGUCGAAGAGUCAAAUCAUAUUGAAGGGCUUAUGUUUGCUCUUGUAUAUGCUUGAUGUAAAGGCACAAAACAGCCAUGUCAGUAAAAUGAAAGACGUGAUGUUACCUGUAACAUACCCAACAGAAUAUGACACUUAUCCUAUACGUCUAUCAUAUAUCCCGAACAUUUUGCAUAGGAGCGUGAGCGUAUCCCAUUCGCAAACAAGUGAUAGUAUCGACAGGGACGAAAAGGACAACGAAUGUAGACAACGGUGCCCUAGUUUCACUUAUGGUGGCACAACACGCGGCAAACUCAAUUACCGUAGUACAAAUAUAGAAAAGUACAUUACGGAAAGAGAUUUGCUGUCAGUUGCAACAAAGCAUAUUUCCAAAUGGUAUCGUUACCAUCUCGGAAACGUUUAUAUAGAUAAUAAACCCAUAAUCAGAUUGUGGUUACAGGAUGAUAAGGCAAAAUCACUACUUGCAAAAGAUCAAAUUUAUUCAUUGCAGGUCCAUAAAAAUGAAAAUGAAGACAAAGUUAUAACGUUCAAGUGUAGUGUAAGUAUACCAGAAUCGGAUACAAUAAAUGAAAUUGCAUUGAAGAUGGAUAUGUAUAAAGGAACACCUAUAAUAGAUCCCAAUAGUGAUUUAUUUUGCCAACGAAUAGUAAUCAUGAACAAUGGUACAUAUCAUAAAGAACAUUGUGAUGCUGAAGCUUGUAAGGAUAUACUGAGAACGACGAAUGUGGAAUUAGCGAACGGAUCACUGAAUGUUUUUCAACACAUGAUGAUAACCAUACAGGAUGAUUAUCAGGCAAACAUAUUGUAUUCAUACAUGUAUACCUCAGAACAAAAUAAUAUUAUUGCCAUAAGGCGACCUCUGAAAAUGGAUGACGGAAUAUAUAACUUUACAGAAGAUGUAAUGACAUUGUAUGAUCGUCCAAUAACUACUUCUUAUGCAGCUUCUGUAUUCCUGAAUGCUUCGAAAAAAAAUGAGCCACCAAAGUUAUAUCCACAUCAUUGCGGUAAUAUCGUGCAAAGGGAAGAUAAAACAUAUGAAGUCACAGUCCUUCCAUUCGGUACACUAAAUAGACCUUAUAAUGUGCUAAACGAGGUGCAAUACAUCCACGACGGUAUUUGCAAGACAAUAGUGAUGCCAUUGCUAAAUUCAAUAGCAGGGGUGAACCUCAUUGCGGAAGAUACCCCUUCAUAUGUUAUUAUGAAUAAUGCCAACAAUGAAAAUACUGAUAUCUGUGUUGUAUAUCGAGUAAAAGCACCUGGCCAAUCCAAGGCAGAGGCAAUUAGAUUGAACUUUAAUAUAUCUAAAGGAAAAGCCAGCUUUAUAACCCCAAAGGUGACUUCCCAUGGAGAACCUGAACAAUGUACAACAUGUGUCAGAUCUAUUCCAUUAGGGGCUAAAGAAGUAUUUGUAGUACAUCAAAUUCUAACCGAAGAAAAUACAAACAAAAGAGGAAAAUAUUCUUUUCUAUUCGAUACAGAGAAGCUUCAACUCACUGCCGUAUUUCACUUGGUAAAAGAGGGAUCUGGUGACAAAGUUAUCAAAGGAGAUUUAGUAGAAGAUGAUUUUUUCAGACCAGCUGAAUAUCACAAUUCUGUGAAAGUGGUAUUAGAUGAGAAACAAACAGUGAAUUCGGUACCAAAUUGGGCAACCUACGUGUCGAUGAUGUACAAAACUCAUAAGAAAAGAACAAUAGUUAUUCCAAAAAAUCAAGAAGCAUAUCUAAAUAAAUACAACGAUAAGGUUCUGUAUCAGGGCGUAACGUUAUUGGAACUCUACCUAGAAUCGGAAGAAGGUAGCUGUUUAGUGGAUAAGAAAUCACCUCCACACGUUAUUAUACAACAUAAAGACGCAGGAAAAUUGGUUAAAAUUACAUAUGAUUUGAAACUGCCUGAGUAUAGUGAAACACAACCCCUUACUUUAGAAUUCGCUUGCCAUGAUCAAGGUGACAUAUUGAAAACAAAAACGCCCGUUAUAUCACUAUUAACUAAAUACCACAGACACAAAACGGAUGUGGAUCAAUGUGUUAUAGAUGCAUCAAUAUGGAAUGGUGAAAACGAAGUAUUUGGUGGGAAAUGCUCAGUAGGGACUGGUGAAAGAGGUGUAUAUGUCCUGAUGAGUCGUAUUAUAAGAUACCCUGAGGAUUCAAAUAAAGGACUUUUGUACAAGUUUCUUUAUGAUUGUGAAUUGUCUGCAUUGUUUGCUACUACUGUACCAGUCAUUCUCGUAGAAAGCAAAACAGGAAAGGCGUGUCGCUGGAUAAGAAACGGUUCCGAUAAUAGUUAUAUAUACUCCAUCGGAGGAAUAGAGUCCGCAUCACUUGAAGUUCUUAAUCUAGCACAAUAAUCACUAACUCAUUUUGUAAAUCCAGUGUAAAUAAUCAAGUAGAAUAUGAUAUGUAUGCAUUUAUAAAAUG